AUGAUUUAUUUGUUAAUAAAAUUAUUUUUGACAUUACUAUCAUCAAUAAAUUGGAUAUUACUUAUAAUAUCAUUGAUUUUUUAUAUAUUAAUUAUAUUAACAGAAAAAAAAGAGAAUGGAAAAUUGUCAAUUAAUUAUUUAUCAUCAAUAAUAGAUGUUUUAUUUCGUUAUAUUAUAUUUACAUUAUCAUAUGCAGAGAUUCUUCCAUGGGAAACAAUUAUUGUAUUUUUUCUCAUCUUUUUUAUUAUUCAUUAUCAUAGAAAAUUAAGUUUAUUAACAAAUAAAUCAUAUAUGAAUUGUUUACCAUUUGGAAAACGAAAAGAAGAAUUUGAUUUAAAUGUUAAUUUUUUAAUGAUAAAAUAUCUUUUAACAAAUAUUUUUUUAUUUAUUUAUACACUUCAUUUAUGUUUAACAACAAUAUGUACACCUGUUAUGUAUUUUAAUUGGUUUCUUAUUAUUAAAAAUUGUCGAUAUACAUAUUCUAAUUUACAUUCAAGUUAUACAUUAUCUGGUGAAAUAAUUGUUUCACUUCCAUGGAU